AUGGUUAAUGAAGCAUUAGCAAAACAGAAAUCUGAAUACGAUGCUGAGAUAGAAAAAUUAAGAAAGGAAGUAUUGCAAAGCAAUGGGGCUUUGCCCCUUCAAUCCCAAAAAACGCAAAAAACUCAGGCACCAGUUUCGCAAACAGUUGAACCAGUUAGACAACCAAAAGGUCCUCCGUCAAAUUUAAAAACGGAAGGAGAUUAUGAAAAAUAUUAUUUAGCUAAAUUCUUUAAUAAUUUAGGUAUAUAUGGUAAUGAAGAUAUAGAUUCAAAUUAUCCUAAAAAACCAUUUCAAAGAUCUCGUCCACAGCAAAAAGAUAACUCUAUUAGAUUAGAGGAGAAAGUAGACGAAAUUGGGCAUAUGUUAUCUCAUCUUAAUAUAAACAAUCAACCCAAAAAACCGUUAGCCAAAUCAAAUCGAACACAACGAUAUUAUCCGUUUCAACCAAUAAAUUACUUAGAUGAAGAAAAUAGUGGAUAUAAUGAAGAAGAUAAUAUAUGGGGUGAACCCCCAUUGCUUUACAAUAAACUUUUUCCAGAAUCAGAUGACCAAUUAUUUCAAUUAUUAUCUCCAGCAUUACGAGAAAAAAUUACCAAUCCAUUAACAAAAAAUAAAUGGGUUGAAUCUCUUGAAUAUAUGCAAUGUAAAAUAGAAGAUAUAAAUAUUCCAGAGGCAUUUUCAGAUACUGCAUCUGAAUGUGUUCUUAUGAACAAAGCAUUAAAUAAUGCAUUAGGGUGGGAUCUUGGAAUUGCACCAAAUUUUAUUCUUACUCAUAAUUCAGAUCACGUAACCAAAUUAAUAGGAGGACAUAAAGAUGUUGCAAUAUCUAUAAAACAUAAGAAUGGGUGGCUUACAGUAACGGUAAAUAUUGUAGUUAUUGAUGAUAAAGAAACAGAUUAUCUUCUUUGUUUAGGAAUGCCAUUUAUCCAAAAAGUUAAAGGAAUUCCAGAUUCAGAUAAACAUGAAUUCCGAAUGACAGUUCGUGGAAAAUCUUACAUUAUCCCAACUUUUAUUAAACCAAAUGAAGAUAUUAACGAGAAGCAACCUUCAAGUAAGAUAUCAAGCUGUUGUACUACAGUAAUACGGGAUACCGCUCAAGAUACAGAGUCAUCAAAAACAUUGGAUUCCGAUUCAUCUAGUGAAGAGUUAAAAAAAAAUGCGUAA